CCUACCACCGUCAGGAAGCAAGUGUACGCAUGCACUUUUCAAUUUACAGAACGGCCAUCAUACUGCUUUCCGCAAGCUUCUAUGCAUUAACUCCAUGCUGUCCCCUCCUUGCGUUUUCCAAGCCUUCUCCUUGCUAACCUAAUGUGAUCUAGAGUGACAAGUGCAAGGCAUACAUGGCGCAGGGGCUGGCGUUCUACCAUGAUUUAAGGACCAGAAUUCCAACUGUCACAACAGAACAGCAGCAUUCCUCCUCUCCAAUUCCUCAACACUCACCAACUACCUACUCCCAAUACCAACAUGACUAACGUUCUUGGUGUUCUCAUCAUCGCCCGUAAUGGUGACCGCACAGAGUACUACCAGGACCCUGUGACCUAUGAGAGCUCCUACACCGAAAGCACUGCUCUUGGUGUUGUCCAGUCUCACCAGCUCGGAUCCUUUCUUCGCUCGACCUACAUGUCCUCGUCUUCUCCUUCAUACAUCGCGAACAUGAAAACCGACCUCGUAGACACCCAUGAGGUCCACGUCCAUGCCAAGGCUGGCGGUGAGGGUGAUGUCAUCUUUGACUCUGCUGUCGCUCUCCUCCAGGGUCUUUUCCCUCCCAACCCUGCCAACAAGAUUGUUCUUGCCAACGAGACCACUGUCGUUGCUCCCCUUGGCGGUUACCAGUACGUUCCCAUCCAGACCGUCGAUCCCGGUAACGACAGGUCCCUUGAGCCAUGGAUUGACUGUCCGGCUUUCGUGCAACACAUCUCCAAUGUCUACUCAUCGUCUGAGUUCAAGGCAACCGCGAAGGCCGCCGGUCCUUUCUUCGGUGCUGUCAGGGACUACGUUUUCGGCCGCCCUACUACUCUUGAGAAUGCUAUUUACGACUACAUCUCGACUGGGUAUUCUCACAACAAGACCUACGCUCACCGCCUUCUCCCUACCUUGGUUGAGCAGGCUCGUGGUUUUGCUGACUACCACGAGAAUGCCAUCUUCUCGGACAAGCAUGUCGGUGGUAUUGGUAACUUGGCUGGCCGCACGAUCCUCCACACGGUCUUGAACUCCCUCCAGCGGAUUGCAUUCAACGGCGACCCUCUACAGUUCCUCCUCGUUGAGACCUCCUACCAGCCGUUUAUCUCCCUAUUCCACAUGCUUGAGAUGAUUAAGGAGAACCCUGAGCUCGCCGGUAUCCCGAACUACGCUUCUGCUCUUGCCUUCGAGCUCCACCGUGACUUCGUCAGGAUCAAGUUCAAGAACGGCACCCGCGGCGACUUUCGAGACCUACCACGCUCUCGGCCACAAAAGCAAUGGGCCGCUGCUUGCAGCUCAGGUCUUACUGAUGACUGGGUCCACAAUGGCUCCCAGAACGCGAUCUCCAGCACUGUCUUCGCCAUUCUGGCUGCUUGUUUUCCUCUUCGGCAUAGCGCGCGUGCCAAGGCUCAGAGCACUCGCAUCCGCCUUGCUGAGGAUGAGGUGACCAGUACCCCGGAUUAUGGAACCCUUUCCAACAACAUCGUCGCUCAGCCCGCUUCCAUGAGUGAGAAGCAGCGCCUUCCCCUGUAAACACUGGUCUAGUAGGAGUCGUAGAGGUUGAAAAAUUGUUUGGUAUUUGGAUCGCAUCGCAUUGCUUCAUAGACUCUUGCCGCAUUUUUUCUUCUCGUUUGCAAUAUG